GAACACCGCAAGUGCCUUAUCAAACGAACACAAAUAUCAGUCAACACCGGUCAUUCCAUCCAUCCAACACUGACUGUCCCAGUGCCUCUACACUAGACCCCCGAUGACAUGACCGUCGCACGCCAUUCAAAGCCCUCAACCCACAACAACGCGGCACGCGCAGGCACUCAUGCAGCAAUGCACCCACAGCGCAUGGCCACCCCAUCAACACACAGCCGGCCAUUCGUCCAUUCCUACAUGCAGGCAGGCAGGCAACCGCGGAACCAACCGACUCAAGUCCAUCCAGACACUGCUAUGCUCACAGAAACUCAGAAUGCCUGUGUGGGUGCGUGUGGGUGGUGAGAUAGUACACAGCCAACCUCCCUCCCUCAUCUGCCGCUCUUCUCCUGUGCGUGUGCGGCCGCCUUGAGCAGGGCCUCCUCGAUGCGCUGCUUGGCGUCCGGCGCCGCGGUCAGCUCCUCCUCCUUGCAGGCCGCUGAGGCAUCCCGGAACACGCGGCCCAUCUCUAUCAAACCCUCCGCACGACGCCGACGCACCGACUCGUCAACCGCCAUGUCCUUCAAAACCUGACACACCGAUGAAUGAAUGGAUCGAUGGGCAGAGGGCAAUCAUAUAUCGGAUUGUGUGUGUGGAUGUGGUGUCUCGGUAGUCUGACUUUCUUGGCGGCCUGUCUGACGGUGGACUCGAUGUCCAUGACGGAGAGGCCCCACAUGGUCUCCACAAACAUGGGCAAGGUCUCCUCCAUCUGCUUGAGCUGUCACCACACACACACACACACACAAGACACAAAGAGAUGCACACACAGAGGUGAAUGGAUGGACGGACACACCACAUGAGGCCCACCAUACAUACCUCCUCAGGCGUCGGCUGAAACGGGACGUCCUCCUCACUCUGUUGCUGCUGCGGCUGCUGUUGCUGCUGUGUCUCAUGCCCCCCAGCAGCAGCCGGCUGGCCCUGCUGCUGCUGCUGCUGCUGCCGCUGCUGCGGUGGCGGUGGCGGUACCUCACUCCUGUCCGCCCCUGCACCCUCCUGGGCCUCGUUGGCCUCCCCCUCUGUCUUGCCCUCCUGCCUGGCACGCUGGGGGCUCUUGACGCGCUCCUGGAACUGACCUCGCAGCUUAGAUGCCGCCUGCACACACACACACACAGAGAGAGAGAGAGAGAGAGAGAGAGAAAGGGCGUGGGUGGUGUGAUGUGUUGUGGGGUGAGAGGCGUGUGUUGUGUGUGGUGCCUGCCAUGGCUACCGCGAGAGUGCGGACGCCUGAGUGAGCGAGUUUGAAUGUGUUACUCGUGGCGCGGACGUUGGAGUGCCACUUGGCGAAUCGACCCUCCAGACCCAGGAAACCCUCCUUGCCUACACACACACGUGAUGGUUUGUUGGGUUGGCUUGGUGCGCUGCUGCGUGUUGUCUGUCUGUCUGUCUCCCUCCCUCACCAAGGAAUUGUUUGGCCCUGUUCUCGUACGUCCAGCCGAUGGCCUCCACCAUGGUCGCACCAAACGAUUGCUGAAGACACCACAGGAAGAGACACAAAGAAGGCGCGAUGCGAUGGAUGUCAGUCAGGUCAACAAACACAGACAGCAACCACAGUUAGUUGCAUACAUACUGGCUGACUGACCUCGCAGAGCUCCUUGGCUUCCUUCUUGAUGUCCUCCUUCCACGUGACGGGGUCGCCGGUGACGUACCCCUCGACGCGGUCACGCAGCUUGACAGCCAGGUCCACCUCGCGCCUCGUCUGCUUCCACUCCAAGGCCUUCUCAGCCUUGACACUCGGCAACGCCCCGGCCUGACACACACACACACACACACACACAGAGGGAGAGAGAGAGGGGGAGGGACAGAGUGGUCUUUGUGUGGUGGGGUGGUGGGUGUGUACCUCUGCGGCUGAUUUGUCGACGAGGUCGACCAUUGCGGCUAGUUUGAGAGUGCCGACGUAGGGCUCGAGCCGUUCGCUGCCGAAGAGCAUGGUGAAGAACAGACCGGGGUCCAUGAACUCCAUCCGACUCGCAGCCUCCUGCACACACACACGCACACACGAGAGGAGAGGAUGCUGUCUGUGCUGUGCUGCUGUGUCGUGUGUUGUGUGGGGGUCGGCCGACAGACCUUGCCGUAUUCGUCGUACUGCUUGCGGCGCUCCUCAUCCCCCAGCACCUGAUACGCGGCGCCGAGCGCCUGCAGGAAGGAGACACACACGGCGACACACAGAAAGGCAGAGUACGUGUUGUGAUGCAGACAGACAGACAGCUCCAUCCAUUCAUCCAUCCAGGCCUUCGCUGCUUGGCUGGCUGCCCGGCUGGCUGGCUGGCUGACCUGGAACUUCUCCUUGGCCUCAGGGUCAUCGGGGUUCUUGUCAGGGUGACACUGCCGAGCCAACUUGUAGUACUGCUUCCUGCACACACACGCGCGCAAACGAUGCCGCCCCUCUCUCGACCCCGCCAUUCUGUCACCCAGCCACCCACCGGAUUUCUGCUGGUGUGGCUGUGGUGGGUACGCCCAGCAGGUCAUAGUAUGCCGUGUCCUUGACCGUGCGGGGCUCCCGCGGCGCAUCGGGGUUGUCGCGGGGGGGUGGCGGCGGCGGCGAGGGGGGCCCCUCGUCGGACUUCUUCGUCGGGGACGAGUCCGACUGUUCAAACAACCACAAUCAGACAGACAGACAGACAGAUAGACACCAUCAGGAGUCAUGUGGGUGUGGGCAUCCAGUGGCCUGUCUGCAGCUGCCUCACCUCUGUUGUUUCGGUGUAGGUUGGUUCCUCUGGCUGGCCGCCUUGGCCCUGCUGUGGCUCGGUGGUGUCGCCAGGGGGCACUGGGGGCGGCUGUGAGGUGUCUGGCGGGGGGGCGCCCUUUGCUGCGCGGCUGCGGAGGUCGGAGAGGCUCUUGAGCUUGGCGUCGGCCUCUUCUGGCGUGGAUGAGUUGAGCACGCAAUCGGCCUCCUCGGGCAAACUGUACCAACGAUCUACCCACUCCUGAUUGCGACACACAACACAUGUGUCACGCGGAGAGAGGGAAUGUGUGUGUUCGCUUGGUCCCUCACCCGUUUCUUCUUGUCCCAUUUGCGGCCCUGUGUCCUCUCGGCGAUGCACUCGGGCGUGUUGAUGAUCCCACGGCCUAUCUGGUAACACGCGACACCCACACCUGAAUCCAGCAAUGCAUCAAGGGACGCCCACACACCCACACACACACUCACUCACACGCACACAGUCAUUUAAGCUCCUUUUGCCACGUGUGUGCUACUCAUACCUGUGACCGGCAGUAUGACUGCCGACGCCACGCCGGCCGCACAGCCCUUGAAAAACCCCGACACACCCUCCUCACGGGCACCUAUAGCGAGCGACACACGCACUAGUGCAUGAGGUAUAUCGUCCCUCUCUCCUUGUCUCCCUGUCUAUCUGGCUCGCUCACCCAUGAUAGGGUUGGCGACGAGGCUCGCGACGCCCGCCAGCACGCCCUUGCCCACAGACUUCACCCCGCUGGCAACACCAGCUAUCGCAUCCCUACACACAACACAACACAACACAACACAGCACACCGAAGACACACCAAGUCUGUCUGUCUGUCAGCAACCAGACUCACUUGGGUUUUCUCGUCGAGAAGAGUUCAUUGAACAUCCGUCGGGCGUCCUCCUCCGACAGCUCAGCAGGCAUUCCAGGAGGCCGUCGCUGCUCAACUAUCUCGUGAUUGGGGGCACCCUCACCAGCCGGCGUCGGAGCCCCUUCAGCAGCACCCGACGCGCUCGGCUGGGCAGGAGGUGCAGGAGGGGGAUCCAUGGAGGCCGAUGGAGACCCAGACGCCUGCAUGGGCCUCUUCACCGUGCGAGGGCGGCCGGACGGCGAGUCACUCAUCGUCAGUCACAACAAUCACGAGGGGAAGGAGAGGGACUCGGAAACACGAAUGAAAG